UUAUGAAAUUAUUUUAGGUUGAAUUUUAAAAAAGUAAACUUUUGAGAACUCUUGAAUUGAAGAACUUUUCUUUCUUGGGGAUGCAAUGAGCUGCCGUUGGCAAGGUGGUUUGGGAGGGGUGUGGUGCUUCUUUUGGAUAGUCUGAGCGUUUUUGAUGAUUUCACGAGUGGGAAAAUGGCUUCUACAGUUCACGUUCUCGUGAUUCCAUUCCCGAUACAGGGGCACCUAACCCCGCUGGUUCAAUUCUCCAAGCGUUUAGCUUCCAGAGGAGUAGGGGCGACCAUCGUUGCACCUGAAUCAAUCAGUUCAUGCCUACAGACGAAUUCGAGCCUCAUCAGAAUCGAAUCCAUAGCCGACGCCGCCGGCCCGCCGGACGGCGUCGAUGCAAUCAGCGGUUGGAUCAUGGACUUACUCUCCAAAAAGCUGGCCGACAUUGCGUCUAGAGCCGCCGGUUCCGGCUGCGUCCUGGCGGCUGUGGUGUACGACUCGAUCAUGCCGUGGGUGGCUGAGAUCGCCCGCCGGCUGGGCCUGCGAGCCGCCGCAUUCAACAGCCAAUCGUGUGCCGUGUUCUCCAUAUACCAUCACGCGGAUCUCGGGAGCUUGGAAUUGGGUGCUCCUGUUGAAGGAUCAACGGUGUCUCUCCCUUCAAUGCCGCCUUUAGGGUUGAGUGAUCUGCCUUCUUUCCUUGGCGAUAAGAACUCCUACUCUUCGCUAUUGAAGCUGGUUUUGGGCAGAAAUUUGAAUUCACAUCAAGCAGACUGGCUCUUGUUCAACACAUUUCAUGAAUUGGAAAAAGAGUUGCUGGAGUGGAUGGCAGCCGAAUUUCCAGCCAAAGUCAUUGCUGUUGGCCCACUUCUUCCCUCCAUGUACCUAGACAAGCGAAUAAUAGACGAUGACAGCUACGGCCUGAGUCUAUUCAAGCCCGACUCUAAAAACUGCAUGAAAUGGCUGGAUGCACAGGAAACAGGUUCUGUAGUCUAUGUUUCUUUUGGGAGCUUGGCUAACUUGAAUGACCACCAAAUGAGCGAAAUUGCAUUGGGCUUAGUCCAAAGCAAAUGCAAAUAUCUGUGGGUCAUCCGGUCAUCCGAGCAAAGCAAGCUCCCAAUCCAUCUCCUGCCAGACAAUUCAGACGCCGGCAUGAUCACAAGCUGGUGUCCUCAGCUAGACGUCUUAUCCCACCAAGCGAUCGGGUGCUUCAUCACUCACUGUGGAUGGAACUCUACUCUCGAGGCAUUGAGCUUGGGAGUCCCUGUUGUUGUCAUGCCACAGUGGACUGACCAGCCCACCAAUGCCAAGUAUUUGGUUGACGUUUGGAACAUUGGGGUCCGUGUAACAGCUGGUGAAAACGAAAUGGUCACUAGAGAAGAAGUAGAGAGGUGUUUGGUCGAAGUGAUGAAGGGAAAUAAGGGGACUUUGCUUAAAGAGAGUGCCGCAAAGUGGAGGCGACUGGCUAAAGAAGCAGUUGAUAUAGGUGGAAGCUCCUACAAUAAUAUUGAGGAGUUUGUGUCUGCUAUUUCUAUGCAAAAAUGAAAAUCCAUACCCUCAAUAUACCCCAAUUUUGGUGGGAUGUAUUCACAAACCAUUCACUUGAGCGGGAUAUACUACACUCGAUAUGUUUGAUUUGGACUCUCUAUGUAUCACAUAUCGAUUUUGUAGUUAUAUUGUACUCCACAUUGUAGUAAUGAAAUCAAAAUGUAUAA